GCUGCACAGCCAGGAGGGAGGGGCUGCACAUUCCAGCUCUGCACCUCUGUGUGUGUUCAUGUGCAGAUGGAGUGAGGGGCCCUCUGAGCUAAUUGGUGGGGAGAGUGACAAAGGUGGUCUGCUUCAAAAGAGAAACCCUGGUGAGAUGUUCACACAGAAGAGCAGGAGGGGAGUGUGGAGGUUUGGGGGUUGCAGAAGCGCCUCCAGAGUUAUGAGUUCUUUAUCCACUAUCCAGUGCCGGGUUGAGAGUGAUAGCUGCUGAUUUUUAGAGUCAUGAUUUGGAGAUCUUUUUAAAUGAAGAAACUUGGACUGAAGGUGAUUGAGGCAGCAGUGGAUCUGAACUUAUAAUGAAGAUGAAUUAUUUAAAGGUGGAGGAGUGCAUCAUGUCUUACCUCUCACAGAGUGAGACUGCCACCAGCCCUAAUGACUUGAAUGUGGUGGCAAUUCUGCAUAACUUCUGGGAACAGAGGCAAACAUGUCAGUUAAAUGACUCCUGCAGUGAAUCCGACAGCUUUGGUGGGAAGAUGGUCAGCCAGGCAGAGAGCCUGCUGUUGUAUGAGUCUGCACCUUUGCCUGGUCCGCCGUACGUCUGCUAUGUCACACUUCCUAGAGGAAGCUGCUUUGGAAACUACAAGGUGUGUGACACUCAAGCGGAAGCUCGAAGGGAUGCAGCUCGCGUGGCUCUAAUGAACUCACUCGUAAAUGAGUUGCCGUGUCGACGCAUCAGCCCUGACUUCAUCAGUCAGAGUUUGCAUCUGGCAGCCACAGAGAGUUCUGUCUCUAUGGACGAUGCAUGUGAUUCAAGCACCAGUAUAGGAAUCUACAGUUUCAUGCUACAUGCUUACAUGGGAAGGACUAUGCUGGAGUUCCAGGAGAUGAUGACAAUAUUCCAGCUGUUGCACUGGAAUGGGACACUGUUGGCUCUAAGGGAGAAGAACUGCUCUCGACAGAGUGUGAUUGCCUACUACUCUCAGCGAGGACUUGAUGAGUGCAUGUGUAGCAGUAUGGCUCUGGAUUGGCUUGGACGAGAGCAGAGGUCACCUGGACUUCUGGGACUGGAGCUGCAGGUGGCGCAGAGGGAGUUGGUGCUGGCCCGACGUAGAGGCAUAGAGUUACGCUUCUACAAAGAAAAGACAGAGAUACUUAACCUGGCACUGAGCCAAGCAUACAUUCACCACACACCUGAAGUCUUCAGCCAGGCACCCAGUCACACAAGCCAGCAUGAACAACAUCCGUUAGACACACUUUACUACCAGGACACAGAGGUCCAGACGUCCCCACCUUACAGUCUUUCACCAACUCUACAUGACACAAUGCAAACUUUUGACACAGACUCCAGCUGUCCCUCAUUUUGUUCAAUGCAGACAUUUGUGCCUCUAGAUAACUCUGACUAAACUGAAUAGGACUGUAAAUAAUGUAUUUCCCAUAAC